AAACACAAACUGACAGACCCUCCACCUUCCCACCUCCCUCGACUGUGGGAUCCUCCACAUCCCCAUCUCCCUCUGCUGUGGGACCCUCCACCUACCCACCUCCCUUGUCGGUGCAGGCCUGCACCACCCAAACACAAACUGACUGUCCCUCCACCUUCCCACCUCCCUCGACUUUGAGACCCUCUAUCUCCUCACCUCCUACUGUGCCCUCCACCUCCCAAACUCAGACUGUGCUUCACUAUGCCUCCUUACCUAAAACUGUGCUAACCUCCACCCAUCCACGUUGUGAAAUUCCCCCUCUGGUGGUUCUGCCUUGCGUCUCCCAGAAUAAGUCCACCUGUACAUCUCCCCCCAGAAAAUCUGUGCUUCCUCCGACUGUGCUUCCAUCUAAAGCUCAAACCACUCCACAUCACACUACACAAACUGAACCUGUUCCACCCUGUACCUCCCUGAUUCAAAUCAAACCAACAUGCACCACCACAACUACAACCAAAGCCUCAAUUCCAAAUUGGCCCACCCAAUCACCAACUCCAAUGAUAGAUCCGGACACAGCCCCAAAUUGCCUCGACCCAAAACAAACUAAUGUUCUAGCCCCCUACACUGCCCAAUUUUGUCCCACUCCAACUCCAACGAUAGCCCCCUACUCAGCCCCAUCUUUCUCCACCACCUCGACUCCAACUCCAACGAUAGCCCCCUACUCAGCUCCAACAUUCUCCGCCACCCCGACUCCAACUCCAACGAUAGCCCCCUACUCAGCUCCAACUUUCUCCACUGCCCCGACUCCAACUCCGACGAUAGCCCUCUACUCAGCUCCAACUUUCUCCACCGCCCCGACUCCAACUCCGACGAUAGCCUCCUACUCAGCUCCAACUUUCUCCACCUCCCCGAAUCCAACUCCGACGAUAUCCCCCUACUCAGCUCCAACUUUCUCCACCACCCCGACGAUAGCCCCCUACUCAGCUCCAACUUUCUCCACCACCCCGAAUCCAACUCCGACGAUAGCCCCCUACUCAGCUCCAACUUUCUCCACCACCCCGACGAUAGCCCCCUACUCAGCCCCAACUUGCCACACCACCUCGACUCCAACUAUAGCCCCCUGCACCAUCCUAACACAAACUGCCCCACCCUGCUCCUCCUUAAAUAAAGCAGUAAUCUACUGCACCUCUCCACCUCCAACUGUGACAUUGUGUCACCCAACAACCCAAACCGUCCCUCCCUACAUCUCCUUAAUUCAGACCAUACCACCUGGGAACCCCCCAUGUCAGCCCAUACCCCCUGGGAACCCCCCAUGUCAGACCAUACCCCCUGGGAACCCCCCACAUCAGACCAUACCCCCUGGGAACCCCCCAUGUCAGACCAUACCCCCUUGGAACCCCCCAUGUCAGACCAUACCCCCUGGGAACCCACCAUGUCAGACCAUACUCCCUGGGAACCCUCCAUGUCAGACCAUACCACCUGGGAACCCCUCAUUUCAGACCAUACCAUCCUGCUUCUCCCAACCUCCAGUAGUUCCUUCCUACUCCACCCACAUUCAAAUCCAAACGAUAAAAUACUGCUCCUCUCCCUCUCCCAUCGUAAAAAGCUGCAACUCCCCACCUCCAAUGGUAAAAUCCUACCAUACACUUCCAACGGGUCCAUCUUGCGCCACUCCCACAAAAACUGUGCCCCUCUAUGCUUCCACAUUUCGGCCUGCGCCCCCCUACACCCCCCCACCUCAGGCCCAACACUGCAGCACUCAGGACAGGAGGGUGAUAGAGUGGGAGUGUAGAGGGGAGAGAAGGAUACUUCCACCGCCACCCCCGCCACCUCCCCCAUACACCCCACGCAAAGAGGGGGUGAGCUGCACCUCAGGCCCAGGCCACCGGGCGCCCCUACUCAGGCGAGCGAGUGAGAAGGAGAAGUCAGGGAGAUCAGGGUCACCUGUGCACUGUCCCCGAGCCUGUUCUCUGAAACACAGAGCUCAAACAACCCCGGAGGUCCCUCUGAAGGGGAACCAGGGGGACCAGGGUUCCUCGCCAACCAAGGCCAUCCCCAGACCCACCUGCCUGGGCCAGGCUCAGGCUCAGCUGGGGGCUCAGAUUGGUGCCCUCCAUAAGAUACUCUGCUCUGGGCCUAACACCCCCAGCAGCCAGCACACUUUCCCCCCCGGCCAGUACCCCUCCGGGGGCUGCUCUGGCUCCGGAGGGGGCUCCUCGGCCGGGCCCCUGACCUCCAUCCAGGCAGACACACUGAGGCAGGUGCAGGAAAUCCUGGGGGGGCUGGUGUCAGGGGCCAGGAGUAAACUGGAUCCCACCUGGGUGGCAGAGAAACUGAUGGGCCCCAACGGGCCCCUGCACGACAUCCGCAGCCUGCAGACCCAGCUGCACAGCCUGGAAGGGGUCUUGGAGACCAGCCAGAAUACCAUCAAGGUACUGCUGGACGUUAUUCAGGACCUGGAGAAGAAGGAGGCUGAGAGAGAUGGGAGACACUCCUACCGGACAGGCCAAGACAUAGAGAACUGUGGUACGUGUAGAGACUGUGCCUGCAUCAUAUACAGUGUGGAGCAUGACUUCCGACUGCAGGAGGGGGCAGUGACCCGCACGUGGAGGGUAGAGGACCCUCCAGAGGUUUCCCUCCUGCCCACUGUGACCCCUCAGCCCACCAUGCCACACUGCCAGGAAACACCCCUGCCGGUGACACUGGCACGCCCCCCGCACAGCGGCAAGAAAAGCAGGAAGAAGUGCUUCUGGUUCUUGUGAACUUUAAACUUUGGAGGGAGGGUGGGAUAGGGAAGGACACAAUGAAUAAGGCCACUCCUUCUUAAGAUUGUGAAGGACGGAGAUGGAUACAGUACUUUACAUGCUUCCUCUAGAGACUGUGAGGGUCUGAAUGGUAGUGUGUGAAGUGUGCGGCCCUGAUGUGGAUAGAGAGAGAGAAAGAAAAUGGAAGCUCAAAACAAGUGUGAGAAGAAGCAGUAAACAAGAGAGUUUAAAAGAGGUAUAAAAAAGGUAUAAAAUAGAUAUAAAAUAUAAAUAAAAGAGGUAUAAAGGAAACAUAAAAGUAGUUAAAGGACCUGGAAGAACCGUAGUGUGUAGAUGAAUGGAAUCUGUGCUGUUCCUGGUGUUGGAACUGUAUAGAGUGAAGAGUGAAACGAACAUGCUUGUGUUGUAGUUGCACCUCAAUAAAUGCCUCUUCAGCACCUGUGGUCAGUUUUAAGUGCAGGGAGGGAGGUACUGUAAAGGCAAUUGUUGAAGUGAAAGUGUAGAAGAUGAAAAUAAAGGGUAAGGACAAAAUGAAGGUUAAGAAAGUGAGGAGGUAUAAAAGGCUAGGGCAUGGUGGGAUUAAAAAAGAGCGGAAAAGAAUGAGUGUACAGAGAGAAGAGUGGAAGGAUCCAUCCGCAUCACUAAUGGACAAAUGAUGGCUAGAACACCAGCUUUUAUACCCUGAGAUGUUUCAACAAAUCAAUUAUUAUGAUGACCCUUAUUCAAAACUUUUAAUAGAAUUGAUUAUACAAAAACCACACACAUACAUACAACAAGACAGGCUGAGAAAUGCACCAGGAGGAAAAGUGAGGGGGAAAAAAACAUAUUAAAGUGUACGUAAAACACAGAGUUCUACUGGUUGAAUUGCUAUAUUUCAGAUACGGAUUACUGCUCUAUAAAGUAUUUUACAACAACUUGUUUGGGAAUAUUGUCAUUAAUGCUGUCAUUGAUUUUUUACAAGAUUAAGUCUUGUGAUGAGUCACAAGUUGGUAUAGCUUUUUAGCAGUGCUUUUUGUCGUUGGGUAACUACAGAACGAACACCAGUUGCCUGGCCUAAACACAAUUAGCGUUGUUACCUCGUACCCCUGCACAUCGACUUGGUAGUGGUACCCAGUGUAUAUAGCCAAGUUAUCGCUGCUCAUUCAGUAUUUAUUCCUCAUUAUAUUAUUUUUCUAUUAUUUCUAAUUGUUUCUUUCUGCAUUGUUGGGAAGGCCCCUUAAGUAAACCUGUUGUUUACGAAGCA